CUUCACUCAAUCUGUCACUCACCCACAGCUUCCGUCGCAUCUACCAGCAUACUACACCGCCUCCUCCUGCGAUUCCGCCGAAUUCUGCUCUUCGCUCUCCGCCAUCAGCCUCAGCUGUCGCCAUCGAUUCGACUGUCCUCCGCGUUCGUGUCGAUAGGCAGCAGACGCGGCUAACCGUGGCAAACGCCAUUCCGUCGCGCGACAUCUACAGACGCGAUGGAGUCAUUCGACAACAUUUACCUUGACCUCUCCAAAGAUCCCGGCAAGUGUCGACUGGCCGAGUCGGGCUUGGGAUGGAAGCCGUCGGGUGGUCAGACAUUUACACUGGACAAGGGAGAGUUCUUGAGCGCGCAAUGGAGCAGAGCUGCACGCGGUUACGAGAUGAAAAUUUACGCCAGGAAUCAAGGUGUUGUGCAGCUCGAUGGCUUCAGACAAGAGGACUUCGAGACGAUACAAAAGUGCUUCAAGGUAUGGUAUGGCGUUCCGUUCGAGCACAAGGAGCAUGCUCUACGUGGCUGGAAUUGGGGCAAGAAUGAGCUGGGACGAAAUGAGCUCGCAUUUAACGUCCGCAAUCAACCCGCUUUCGAGAUCCCAUACACCGAAAUCAGCAACACGAAUUUGGCCGGAAAGAACGAAGUCGCAGUCGAGUUCUCCCUGCCUGCAGAUGGUGAAGACACGGGCACGAAUGGUCAUCUUGGAGGCGCGAGAGCCAAAGGCAAAAAGAUGGGAGGCGCGGCAGAUCAAUUGACCGAGAUUCGGUUUUACAUUCCCGGCACAGAGAAGAGGGCAAAGGGCGACGACGAAGAUGGUGAGGACGCGGAAGAUGGCGAAGAGGCAGAGCAACAGAAUGCCGCAAACCUGUUCUACGAGACGCUCAUGAACAAGGCCGAGAUUGGAGAAGUUGCAGGAGACACAUACGCCACCUUUCAAGAUAUCCUGCAUCUCACACCCCGUGGACGCUUCGACAUCGACCUUUACGAGAGCUCUUUUCGACUACGCGGCAAGACCUACGACUACAAGAUAUCCUACGAGAGCGCGAAGCGAUUCUUUCUACUGCCGAAGCCCGAUGACAUGCACCAGCUCUUGUGUAUUGGUCUCGAUCCUCCGCUACGACAAGGUCAGACGCGAUAUCCGUUCCUGGUUAUGCAGUUCAAGAAAGACGAGGAGGUGGCGAUUGAGCUCAACAUGACAGACGAGCAACUACAAAAGUACUCUGGCAAGCUUUCGCCCAAGUAUGAAGCGCCGAUUGGCAACGUUGUAUCGAAGAUAUUCCACGGUCUUACUGGGAAGCGCCUGAUUCAGCCCUCGGACCAGUUCGUCAGCCAUCACCAGAUGAGUGGAGUCAAGUGCAGCAUCAAGGCAAACGAGGGCCACCUCUUCUGUCUCGAUAAGGCAUUCCUCUUUGUGCCUAAGCCAGCGACGUACAUCUCGUUUGACAACAUUUCCAGUGUCACCAUGAGCCGCGUGGGCGGAGCUGUUAGUGCCAGCCGCACAUUCGAUAUCGCGGUGACACUGAAGAGUGGAUCGGAUCACCAGUUCUCCAAUAUCAACAGAGAAGAGCAGCAGCCUCUCGAGAGCUUCUUCAAGGCCAAAGGUAUCAAAACGAAGAACGAGAUGGAUGGUGACACUGGAAUGCUUGCUGCUGCUCUCGCGAACGACCCUGAUCUCGUCAGCAGCGAGGAUGAGGAAGUUGUCCAGAGAGACAGGGGGAGUGCUGACGAGGACGAUGAAUCCGUCGACGAGGACUUCCAGGCUGAUUCCGAAUCCGAUGUUGCCGAAGAGUUCGACUCGGAUGCUAAGAGCGACAGUGACGCUGGGAGCGAUGCAGAGAUGGCUGAUGCAGGUGGCGAUGACGACGGAGAUGCCAGCGCUGAUGAUACUGCCGCCAAAGUCGAGCGACCGAAGAAGAAGGUUAAGACGUCCAAGUAAUUGUCUCAAUCGGCAGGAGAAGCACGCGUUUUUACAAGCCCAUCCCUUUCAUCGUGAGGAAUAUCCACGAACUGCUUCUAUGCUUCGCGCUGGUGCUUUAUGGGAUCGACUUGGAUGUGCGAAUGGGAAGGCCGCGAUCGAGACAGAAGCAGGGUUGCAGCACGAAUGCAUAAUAAGGUAAGAUCAAGCCCUGAAUGCAAGCCGGCACGCAUCACUCGCGCACGCAGACUAGGUAGCGGUCACUGCAUCGCGGUCGUAUAUCUCGCAGAAGAUUCAUUGGACAAGGGGUGGUAUCAGUCACACAUCGUUCCAGUCGCAUGAUGGUCCUUGCGAGGCGAUGUUAAAAAGUGAGCAGUCUGUAUGGACUUUAGUCAAUGACCUUGGGUGGGGGAAGGGGUAGUGGUAGCCAGACCAACCAGGUGGUACAUUGGCCAAUUGAUUCCAUCUCACAAUCCUGCCAUCGAUAGUGUACAAAGUAGAGCGCAGAGACCCAUGUCCACAACUACCAUGGUCUAGGUCUACUUGAUCUUCUUCGCCUUCAGCCUAAUCGUCUCAUCAUUCACGAAUAUUCCCUUGCCCUUGUAUGGUUCUGGUUUCCGCCAGGCGCGAAUCUCUGCCGCGAAUUGCAUCACGACUUCUCUUUCGACGCCCUCUAACAAUAUUCUCGUCGGCUGCGGUGUGCUCGCUUUCACGCCCCGGGGUACUCCUAGCUCAAUGGGAUGCGAGUAUCCCACCUUGAGCGACACGAAUUGCUGGCCUUCAUAUUCUGGCUUCUUCGUCACAGCACUCUCCUCGAUCGUGGCUCGAUAUCCAACUCCCACCAGGCGCAAGAUGGCGGCAUGUCCUUCACUGACGCCCAGAAUGUGAUUUUGCAGAUAUCCUCGUACGGUACCCCACAUUGCUUUCUGCUUCUUGUCCUCAGUAUCCGCGAUACUCACGGUAUGUGUUCUGGUCUCAUCGUUGGAUCUAAUGCGCACAUACGGAGGCACCGUCAUGCUCAUUUUCCCCAAUGGGCCCUCGAUUUCGACUUUUGCGCCGGGUGGACUUCUGCUGACGCGACCAUUGUGAGAUGGGAGGGGUGGCUCGAUGACAUUAAAGGUGACCCCGGGGGGCAGAGAGAGCGGCAUUUUGCCGAGUUUGGACGCGCAUGUUGGAGUCGUGGAGAAGUGUGAGGUCUGUUGUUGGCGUUGCGGUUGUCUUUGAGCGAACGCUGGAACGAGGAAGGAUGGGAGCGUGAGUUCGCGACUUGUUGUUGCUGUUGCUGGGAACGCGAGGGCAGUCGCUAGAAUUCUCGAUGAGCGCGCGCAGUGCCGCGUGGACGUG